AAAAAAAAAUUAUUCAGGAUUCUGUAAAAACAUAAUAUGUUUUAGGUAUUCCUGAAAUAAUCACUUUAAUCAGACAAAUUUCCUCAAUAUUACCAAACGUUGCUGUUGUUGAGCCCAUAUUAAGUCCAAUAGAAAACCCAAUAAAUAGAGCUCAGGGCCCAUAAAAAAGCCCAAAUGUCCUUAUUCAAGGCCCACCAUAGAGUCAAAUCUCUAUUCGUCUCGCUCAAUUGCUUUCUUCUUCUUCUUCUCCCAAAUCCCUAGAGAACCAAAUCAAUCAAAUUCCCUCAAAACCCUAAAAACCAGAGAAACCCUAAAAUCCCCAAUCCAAAAUCCAACCAUGGUGUGCAUACGUAAAGCCACAAUAGACGAUCUUCUAGCUAUGCAAGCCUGCAACUUAUUCUGCCUUCCAGAGAAUUACCAGAUGAAGUACUACCUCUACCACAUCCUCUCAUGGCCGCAACUCCUCUACGUAGCCGAAGACUACAAUGGAAGAAUCGUUGGAUACGUUCUCGCCAAGAUGGAAGAAGAGAGCAACGAGUGCCACGGCCACAUAACCUCGCUCGCCGUACUCCGAACCCAUCGCAAAUUAGGGCUCGCGACAAAGCUCAUGAGUGCAGCUCAAAACGCCAUGGAACAGGUAUUUGGAGCUGAGUAUGUUUCUCUUCAUGUUAGGAAGAGUAAUAGAGCUGCUUUUAAUUUGUAUACUGAGACUUUAGGGUAUAAGAUUCAUGAUAUUGAGGCUAAGUAUUAUGCUGAUGGAGAAGAUGCUUAUGAUAUGAGGAAAGAACUUAAGGGGAAGAAAACCCAUCAACAUGUUCAUAGUCAUAGCCAUGGUCACGGUCAUGGUCAUCAUCACCAUGGUCAUGGUGGUGGGUGUUGUUCUGGUGGUGAACCCAAGAGUGUGGAGGCUAAAGGUGGUGCCAAGGCUGAGAAAGCUAAGACUGAUUCCAAAACUGGCUGAGAAUUGAGAAAUGAAAGUAAAGAUUUGAUUUUUUUUUUGGUUUACUUUUUUACAUUUAUGUUAUCAGAUUAUGCUGGCUUGGUAAUUUGAAUAAUGCAUUUUUGGAUUUGGGGAAUCUAAUUAUAUAUUAUGUGUUUCCU